AUGGCAGUGGCCGAUGAGCAUAUAGAUUUUGGAGAUGAUGAUGAUAAGAUGCAAUAUCAAGCUAGUGCUGGUGCUAUACCUGCUCUUGCAGAGGAAGAGAUUGGGGAAGAUGAUGAGUAUGAUGAUCUUUACAAUGAUGUCAAUGUUGGAGAGAAUUUCUUGCAGAUGCAUGCUUCUCAUGUGCCUGCUACUAUCGACAAUGGAGGAUACCAAGCUCCAAAUCCCAAGGAAUCAAUAAGAGUCGAAACUGGGGGAUCACAACGGUCUGCUCUUGAAGGGAAUGCUGGACCAAAUUUUCCUGAGCAGAAGGAGCUCCCCAUUGCUGUGGGCUCUGUUGGCUACCCAGAUGGUUCUUCUAUUCCACAUAAAGGCAGGAAUGCAGAGAUGACUCAUGAUACUCGACUCCCAAAUAUGGGGUUUCAAGGACCAACAAUAGCAGCAGCCUACUAUUGGAGUUGCAGUCCUCAAGUUGUUCCACACAUGCCAGUUAAUCGAACGAGUAUGAAUGCAGAUGUUAAUCGCCCAAUGAUGAAUGAAAAUCAAAUCCGGCCGCCUAUAGACAAUGGUUCUGCCACACUUUUUGUGGGAGAAUUACAUUGGUGGACAACUGAUGCGGAGCUUGAGAGUGUCUUAUCUCAAUACGGAAGGGUUAAAGAGAUUAAGUUCUUUGAGGAGAGAGCUAGUGGUAAAUCUAAAGGCUACUGCCAGGUUGAAUUCUAUGAUCCAGCUGCUGCAGCUGCUUGUAAAGAGGGAAUGAAUGGGCAUCUCUUCAAUGGGCGACCCUGUGUUGUGGCCUUUGCUUCACCACAAACACUAAAGCAAAUGGGGGCUUCUUAUGUCAACAAAGCCCAAGCCCAGCCUCAGUCUCAGUCUCAGACACACGGAAGGAGGCCUAUGAAUGAAGGUGCAGGGAGAGGCAGUAAUAUGAAUUAUCAAAGUGGAGAUGGUGGGAGGAACUAUGGAAGAGGUGGAUGGGGAAGGGGUGGGCAGGGAAUUGGCAACAGAGGGGGAGGACCAACGAGGGGAAGAGGAGGCAUGGGUCCCAAGAACAUGGCUGGGGGUUAUGCUGGCGUUGGAAACAGUGCCAAUGGUGGAGGAUAUGGACAAGGCCUUGCAGGUCCUCCAUUCAGUGCACCUGCUGGUGGAAUGAUACCUCCUCAGGGUAUGAUGAGUGCUGGAUUCGAUCCAUUGUAUAUGGGUCGAGGGGGUGGUUAUGGGGCUUUUCCGGGCCAUGGUUUUCCUGGCAUGCUUCCUUCGUUUCCUGCUGUUAAUUCAAUGGGCCUUCCUGGGGUGGCUCCUCAUGUCAACCCAGCUUUCUUUGGCCGGGGAAUGGCACCUAAUGGAAUGGGAAUGAUGGUUUCUUCUGGAAUGGAUGGACCAAAUCCGGGAAUGUGGUCUGACACUAGUGCAGGUGGAUGGGGUGAAGAGCAUGAUCGAAGGACAAGGGAGUCAAGUUAUGAUGGAGAUGAUGGUGCUUCUGAACAUGGCUAUGGAGAUGCGAAUCAUGAAAAUGUAGUACGGCCAAGUGGUGCCAGUCGGGAAAAGGAAAGAGGUUCAGAGCGUGAAUGGUCAGGGAACUCUGAUAGAAAGUAUCGUGAAGAGAGGGAACAGGACUGGGACAGUUCCGAAAGAGAGCACAGGGAGCACCGGCACAGGGAUGAAAAAGAUAGUUACCGAGGCCAUCGGCAAAGAGAACGUAACUCAGGUUAUGAGGAUGACGGGGAUAGAGGGCAGUCUUCUUCAAGAUCUCAUAGCAGAUCACGUGCAGCACGAGAAGAAGAUCACAGGUCUCGAUCAAGAGAUGUGGACCAUGGCAAGAGGAGGCGUUCAUGA